AAUUAUAAAACAAAGAAGAUGAAGCAAUGCACCGCGUGCAAGCAGCACGUUCAGAUCGCUGCAUGAAGCUGCAAGCUUUUUCUUUCACAUUCCGGUUGAGCGUUCUGCACGCUGAACCAGCAACGUUCAUUAGACCCGCAAGUGUAGUCUCUUAGAUCUUUAACUCCCAAAGGUUCAGGUACACAAGAUCCUGCGUCGCGAUGGAGAACGACGGCUCCCAUGGCGUGUGUCUCAGGAACUGCGACUGGAGUCCAGUUGGGUUCAUACCGCCUCGAGCCCCAGGUUUCUUCUCGAACGUCGAGGAAUAUUCUGGCGGCGCCGUCUUCCAUGCGGUCGGAGCCACACGGGCGCCUUUCGUGGCCGCUCCUGCUGCAGCUGUGGUGCUUCCGAUUGACGACCUCAUCGAAGUCGAGUCGGUCGUGCAGGAGGACUUCGGGCCGAAGUCGGGCCUCCAAGAUGACGACGAGAUCCUCCGCGAUGAAUCCCGAUCGUCGUCCGCACUCGGGCAGAGUCCCACGUCGGUCGACUCGAUAAGCCUGAGCAGCGACGGGGUGCCGGCGUGCCGCAUCUGCUUCUUCGGAGGCGGCAAGGAGCCGCUGCUCGAGCCCUGCAAUUGCCGUGGCACAAUCGGAUUCGUGCACAGGGAAUGCUUGGAGCUGUGGAUUCAGCGCACGGCGGACGUUCAGUGCCAGAUCUGCCAUUUUCAGUACACCGUCAGAAAGCAAGCAAAGCCGGCAUGGUGCUUGCUGUCCGACGCGAAGGCCCGCUGCCCAGUGCUCGGCUACCUGGCGCUGGGCAUCCUCUUCGUGGUCAGCAUCGCCUUCAUUUUCUCGCUGGCCUGGCUGUACGUGCUGCGUCUGCCUGACCGCAUUGGAGAGAACAUGGCCGCCAUGGUGGUCGUGCUGCUCUCGGUGCAACACUUCCUCUGGCUCUACUUUCCUUUCGCCAGCUUCGUAUACUCCAUCAGGGCGUUCAAGGAGUGGCGCCGAAGGAGCGCCACAUUGAAGCUCGUGCACAGUGCGGGAGAGAAGAGGAAGAAACUAUGGCCGCAUUUCCGCCUGUGGCGCACCUGCAAGGGAAGCCAAGAGCCCGAGAUGUCUCGUGGUAGCGUUUAAUAAAAGACGCUGUUGGG